AUAUGAGGCUUUAAAAACGCUGAAGUUUUACAGCUGCAGCAUGUUGGUAGUGCAGGGUUUCUUCUUUCUCACAUAACUUUGAAAGCACGGUUGUGCUCUGAGCUCAGUGCGUGCUUUUUGAAGGAUAAAAUGCUUUAACUGAUUUUAUUUCUACUCCCAAACCUAGGUACUAAUUAAGCAAUACCUGUAAGAGCAGUAACUGCAGCAAUAACGUCUCACUUCACUGAUCUAAUCUGAAGCUAUUAACAGCUGCAAUAGCUAUACCACCAAGAAUUUUCCCCCUUUGGCAUAUAGUAUAAAGCCUGUCCCUUGAUUAGGUCAAAAGUGCUUGAAGUCUAUUGAUUUUUCUUUUUUUUUUUUUGCUUUGUUUUAGGAGAAUGCACCUCUUUUUAACACCUCAGUUGCUCAGGUGAAGGGAAUGUAUUUUUGCAUCUGAUUACCUGUUUAUCUGGUCAGGGGAGAGCACAAAAUUCCCCUUCUGAUUCCUGAGCUGUUUGGAGAUGCUGCGCUCCGGGUGCUGCCUGGUCACACACACCAGGCGGCUGUAAACCUUUGCGGUGUAAUUUUAACAAAGAGGAAUUUUAACAAAGAAUUUUAACAAAUCCUCUGUGGAGAUUUCCAAAUUAGUAACACGGACGUGGGGCAGGCUGACCAGCUGCGACACCAGAAGUUCAGUCCCCGCAAACUUAACUUUUUUUUGAGAGUUUUCCAAGAAUGAAAUUGGAUUAGACCCAGGAAUGACAUAUCCUGUUUGGUUUCUUUUUCCCCUCGUGCUCUGACGGAGCUCUGUGUUUAGGCAGGCUUUUGUUUCUGGCUCUGAGCUGCUUUAAAAAAAAAAAAAAAUUAAAAAAAAUUAGGAGUGUGUCUCAGGGUGUCGAGGGUGAUGUGCUUGCAUUGAUUGGCGAGGUUUAGCUGGAGUUCUUUGUUCUCACCACCCCCAGUCAGUUGCACAACAUGCCUCUACAGUUUAAAAAGGAAAAAAGAAAGAGAAAAAAAAAAAAAAAAAAAAAAGAGAAAUGCUGACUAAUGCCAGCGGUUUCUCAAAUGGCUGAUGCAAACCUGGAGAAUUUGCAUCAUCAUUCAGCUAGAGUAACUUGGUAUGACAAGAGCUUAAAUACAAGUCCAUGCGGAAGCUGAGCUGGUUUCCAAUGAUAGGGCAGGACCACGGUGUGGAAACGCAGGUGCUCCUGAGCUGGGCUUGGAGCUCAGCAAGGGCUCACACACUCUCCAAGGGCUUUGCUACCUGUGUGUAGGAGCAGUCGGAAAGAUAAAGGAAGGCAGAGGAAGUGACAAAGUAGUUGGCUGCAUAAAGAGGGAAAAAAAAACCAAACCAACACCUCCUUCAGUUUGUGCUGAAAACUUUUCUGCCUGUGCUUGCCAGCAGUGUGCUGGUGGCACUGGAGCAUGUUUAGGAAAGCUGCUGUGCCCACGGUCUCUAAUGGAAGCUACUUGCAGGGACAAGCCAAUGGCAAGUUGUCCUCUGUGGACAGCGGGCAGCCAGCCCAGGAGGGAAAAGUUGUGCUGAAGAAGAAAGUGACGCUUUUGAGGGGGAUAUCCAUCAUAAUUGGCACUAUCAUUGGAGCUGGCAUCUUCAUCUCUCCCAAAGGCAUCCUGAAGAACACAGGCAGCGUGGGCAUGUCCUUGACUGUCUGGACAGUGUGUGGUGUCCUCUCACUUUUUGGUGCCCUCUGCUAUGCUGAACUGGGAACGUGCAUUAAGAAAUCUGGUGGUCACUACACCUAUAUCCUGGAGGCCUUUGGCCCCUUACCUGCCUUUGUGAGGGUCUGGGUUGAACUACUCAUCAUUCGCCCUGCUGCCACAGCAGUGAUUUCAUUGGCAUUUGGACGCUACAUCUUGGAACCUUUCUUCAUGCAGUGUGAAAUCCCAGAACUUGCAAUUAAACUCAUUACAGCUGUCGGCAUCACGCUGGUGAUGGUCCUGAACAGCACAAGUGUCAGCUGGAGUGCCCGCAUUCAGAUGUUCCUUACCUUUUGUAAGCUUGUAGCAAUUCUGAUAAUUAUAGUCCCUGGAGUUAUCCAGCUAAUUAAAGGAGAAACACAGCACUUUCAAAAUGCCUUUGCAGGGAAUGAUGCCAGUGUUAUGGGAUUACCACUUGCUUUCUAUUCAGGAAUGUAUGCCUAUUCAGGCUGGUUUUACCUCAAUUUUGUUACCGAAGAAGUGGAAAACCCUGAAAAAAACAUACCCCUGGCAAUAUGCAUUUCAAUGAUUAUCGUCACUGUUGGCUAUGUGUUAACAAACGUGGCUUAUUUCACUACAAUCAGUGCUGGGGAAUUGCUGCUUUCAAAAGCUGUAGCAGUGACCUUUGCUGAACGACUACUGGGAAACUUUUCCUUGGCUGUCCCAGUGUUUGUUGCUCUCUCCUGCUUUGGGUCGAUGAACGGCGGCGUUUUUGCCGUCUCCAGGAUGUUCUUCGUUGCAUCCCGUGAGGGUCACCUUCCAGAAAUCCUCUCCAUGAUUCAUGUCCGCAAGCACACUCCUCUGCCAGCUGUCAUUGUUUUGCAUCCUCUCACAAUGAUAAUGUUAUUCAACGGGGAUCUCUACAGCCUCUUGAAUUUCCUCAGCUUUGCCAGGUGGCUUUUUAUUGGACUGGUAGUUGCUGGGUUGAUUUAUCUCAGAUAUAAACGUCCUGAUAUGCCUCGUCCUUUCAAGGUUCCUCUGUUUAUCCCAGCUUUGUUUUCCUUCACUUGCCUCUUCAUGGUGGCUCUGUCGCUUUACUCUGACCCGGUGAACACAGGGAUUGGAUUUGCAAUAACCCUGACUGGCAUUCCUGCCUACUACCUCUUUAUUGUGUGGGACAACAAGCCAAAGUGGUUCAGAAAGCUUCUAGGCAGGAUAACCAUAACACUGCAACUCCUCCUGGAAGUCAUCCCAGCAGAGGAAGAUCAGAAAUCAUGAUCAUCAUGUACAGCUUUUGGCUUGGUGUUUCAUUUCUACCUGAAAGAAAAAGAGUAGGGAGACUUAUCCCUCUUCCUAACGUGCUGCAAACUGGAGGAACAAGUCACAGUCGCGAUGGACAGCGAGCAAGUCGCUUACCAGCAUUGUCUUUUAUGAUGCUGUUGCAAAAUAUUUUUUUAACGUGGUUGGUCUAUAUGUAGAAAGCAAGCACUUGUGCUUCGAGGGAACUCUUUACUGUUUCUUUUGGUAGAGUGUCUUGUUUUAACAAGCUGUAAGUUCAUCAAACGGGGAUUUGGUUUGCCUUGUCACCGAGGGUAGGUUUAAGUGGUGUACUGUGAAGAAUGUGUCUUGCUUUCUGUCCCUGGAGAUCUCAGCUCUCACCAGGGCAAGGGUGAGAUAAAGCUGCUGAGUUUCCUGUGCUACAUUCAUCCCAUCACUCUGUCUGGCAGCCUGGUUUGAUCUCUUGUGGCUCUCUGGAAGUCCCAGCACACUGAUGCAGAGGCACCGCUCCCCAGAACUUUGUGAAGGCAAACUCGAGGUUCCUUCAUUCCAGAGGUCUUACACCAUAGCCAACAGAAACAUCUUUUGAGACUUCAUAUUUCUGCCUGUGGGGCAGAAAGAUUUUAGCAGGGGAAUUUUAGCAGUAAUUUUAUUAAUUUUAAUUUUUUUACCAGGCCUGAAUUGAUCACUGGUUUUACCAGUGUUUGUGCACCUACACACACAAAAUCCAGCAAGCUGAGCAAUGACCUUCAAAUGAGUCAAAAUAUUUGAAUGUCACCUCCACUGCUAUAUGAAUAUUUCCUAUCUGGAAGCGUAUGGUCCUACAGUUAUCAGUCAGGCAAACCUGAUUUUAAAGUUUUAUAUCAGUGUUGGUGGGCAGAAAUAGAUGUCAGUUGGUGGGAACGUGGGUAAAGACAUGACAAUAGAUGCAAUAUUUUUUUAUGAAUAAGGUAUAAGGCAGGCUACAGCAGAUUUGCUGAUUUGAGUAGGAUGUGUGCCUGAUCUUUGAUCUUUUCACUCAAGCACACUCCAGUUAACAGGGCUUUGGAACACUGAGGAGCAUGUGCUUUUCCUGUCUUCUCGUGGGUUUUAUCUCAGCAGAAGCAGAGAAAGGCCUUCAAAACUGAUAAAAUGAAAUUAAUCUCCAGAACUAUUUUUGAGCGGAGCUCUGGCUCAAAUAUGAGCUGAAAUUUCGCUCUUUUUAAAAGAUAAUUGUAUAACUAAAUAAGUUUUUUGAAACUUAGAAAUUGAGUUUUAUAUUCUUAAUGACUACCCAACCUUAAGAUUAAGGUUUAUUAUCACUCUGUUAAUAUAACACCUAACUAUUGAAUGCACUACUAUUUGAGCUGUCUGCUUUCAGCAAGUCACGUUUCAUGAAAAUUCUUAUGGAACUAAGCAGCAUUUAACUUCCUAAACUGGGAGAAAAAGCACAACUAGUAGCCAGACCACUACAGUAAAGGGAGACUGUGUAUUGUAUAUGUUUUGUAUAUAUCCAGAAUAUCUACUGAUUUAAAGGUUUUAAAGGUACAGUAAUGUGUCUUAAGUGUGUACAUUUUUUAAAAUUUUGUAUCUCUGUGGUGGAAUUUCACAAAAGUAGGGAAAUGCAAGUAACUGCUUAUGGAGAAGUGCAGUAAUUUAAGACACAGAAAACAUUUUGCAAACAGUGUUUUCCUUUAAAUGUUUUCUGUUUACUGUAAUUUAGUGUCAUUUGUAUUUUUUUUUAGGCAAAAAUUUUGAGAGAGUUUUUUUUUGUGUUGACAGUGGAUGUGUUUGUUUAGUAAAUUUAGUUUAUUUUACAUUUGGGUCACAGUUCCGCCUUCGAGCCCAUCUCCUGCCAUCCCCAUUCAUCGGGGUUUGGCCUUUAUCGUUGUGGAGCAUCUUCAAAGCACACAAACUCUACUUCUCUCUGACAGAAAUAAACUGGCUGGCACCCUGCAGGAGUUGCACCUAACCCAUUCCUCCCCUAAAGAAUGCAAACUGCAUGGGAUCCAGAGCAGAACCACUUCCAGAGCGACAGUGGGUGUGACUUUUUCAUCCCCUUUCAUUCCCAUGUAUUCACUCCUGUUGUGCCACAUUACUUGAAAGUUCAGAUGCAGGCAGUGUUGAACUGUAGAAAUAAAUGGGCUCCAUAAAUAAAACCGAAUGUUGCUUUAUUUUCUCAUCGCUGUCUUUAAGGUUUGGAAAUGUUUCUGAAGCCUGAUUCAGUGAACAUAUUGUCUUGGUUUGGAAAGACUGUCAGGGAAAACUGGAGUUUCCCUUGAAAUGGAGAAUGUAAAAACCCCUACUUCCAAAUUAUUAUAAGUUUGCAAUUAGGAGCUUUCAGGCAAAAAUAUGGGAAUAGGAAUAACAGUUCUUUAUUAGGAAUAUUAAAAAUACAAAUGCAAUAAUACAAAAAAAACCAAGCAAGCAAACAAAAAGUCCUAGAAAACCCUGACAGAGUCAGGAAUACGACCUGACACCCUGUUCAGGGUGUUGGGAGCAGUCCAAAUAAAUCCUCCUGCAGUGACAGAUGUGGUUCUGUUGGAGUAGAGAUGAUCCUGCAGACAGGUUCAGUGGUGUGAGAUGAGUCCAGCCUUCCUCUGGGAAUCCAGUGGCAAAGAGGAUCCCUGGGGUCCCUGUUGUCCCCAUUUUUAUCUGGGUAGGAAUGGUUGGCUCCUCCCCACUGGGUGCAGCAUCUCCCAAUGGAUGAUGGAAUGUGUGAUGGCACUGGUGAGCCUCAAUGGCCCAUGAACAGAAGAUAUCCCCGAGGGUGGGCAGUGGUGACAGAGAUCACAAACACUGCCCCACCUGGUUUUAUCAGAUGGCCUUCAGAAGCCUGUAGAAUUUUCUUGUGUGUUAGUCCAUGUUUAAUUUUUCUAUUGUAUUUUUGCCAAGGAACUCUUGGGGAACAUGUCAACAAUUGACACCAUUUCUGUUUACAUCUGCUUUCUUGUUUCUUUUCUAUUCAAAAAAGCUUUUGAAAUAAUUUUUCCUUGAAGUGCAAAGAUCCAAAUAGAUAAAACACCUUUUUCAACAAGUGAUUAACUUUAUCAAGAGAGAUAAAGUUGGAUCCUCUUCACAUUCCCUGUAACAGGAAUGUCUACGGUGUUGUGAUGUAUCAAAGCUUUGAUAUUCUCUAAUGUGAUAUUGGUGAUGAUCAAAUAUGGUUAUAAAAAUGCUAUGGCUACAGUCAGUUUUAUGCUCCUGUAGCUCAUUCUCUUCUCCCAACUCAGGCUACAAAACGUUCCCCCUGCUAAGCUUUUCUACAGGCCUUUUUCAGAUCCAGGAAUUCACCUAAAUCUCCUUUGAAAGGGAAAUGCCAUCCCUUUCUUUGUGGUGCACCUCAGCCCCUACAGCUGGAUGUUAGCAGGUGACCUUAGCCCUUGACAGGCUCUUUGCUGAGCCCAGAGCUCGUUCUGUUCAAGGGAAGUGGGAGCCCUUGGUUUUAAAAAGUAACAUGCUUUUGCAAUGACCUCUCUCAUUUUUACUUAAAAUGUUUUGUAAAACUGUCAGAUAGGAAUUUUGGCGCUGCUUUUUAAUGUGGUUUUGUGUGUGCAUGUGUGUGUGUGUUAUUUUUUCCCCUCCCUAUUAGUUAUGAGAAAUUAAAUGUUACAGGAUCUUCAAUUUUUACUCAUCUUCUAAUUUUACCCUGUGCCUUUGGCUGUGCCUGAAGAAAGCCACUUGAUGCAGUUUCAGCUGCCAAUACCUCUUUGUCACUCAGUCAUUACAGUGUAAUUAAGUCUAAAGUACGUGUUAAUUUGCUGCUAGCAAUGCUGGCUUCUCUCAAUUAUGACUUCCAGGUGAUUUCUAACAAUACUCAUCAAUGAGUAUGCACAGCACAGCAGUCAGACUGGUGCAGGUGAAUGACUCUUCUUGAGAACUUGAGCGUUCAUCCUGUCUACGUAUCAAGCUGUUUAAAUGCAUCAAGGCAGGAUCUCUGGCUUAAACUGGAUGGAGAAUUUCAGAAGGGCUAUGACACAGCCCAGGUCAAGGUGAGUGCAAAGCCUGAGAUGUUUUAGACUCAAUACAUGUGUGCAUUCUUCCACAUUUGGCAAAAUUUCUGGGAGAAAAUGAGGAAAGCCUGAGAGGUAUAAACGGGACCUCCUAGGCAGAUGAUUUCCCCAGUGCUUUCUUCUGCAUUCCCCCUGAAUGAAGGCUACAAAUACAUUUUCACUGAGAGAAUUUCUAUUCAGUGUCUCCUGCAAGCCAGCUCUUUGAAACAUCUGUAUCUAAUUUUAAGCUGGGUGCUGUUGUUGCCCAUCUGCUUGCCAUUUGUUUAAACCUCCUAUUUUUUCCUCACCUGAAAACUGUCAUGUCAUAGAAAUCUGGUUUUCUAGGCUGUAACAAUACUUUUUAAAAGUAACACAGUCAUGAAUUAGGGUCACAUAAAGCUCUAAAGCAGUUCCAAGCAGCUCCCUCCUCACAGGCUCAUAUAGUUUUGUUUGCAGAUUGCAGCAGGAGGAUCUUAAAGUUUAUCACAGCAAAUACUCAGCUCCUCUCAGGUAUCUCAGGUAUCCUCACAAUGUGAGGUUUUAAUACAGUCCUUGCACUUGUACUCCAACACCUGAUUAGAGGUCCUGACUUGGCCAACUUGGCAGUAGAAAAUUUGGGCACGUGGUAAACCCCACUCAAGGUUAUGAAAACUCUGUGGGGAUAGUGAGAAAUUUGGACAAGCUGGAAGAUUACAUGAACAGCAGUGAAUUUGAUCAUUGGCCAUGUACGUAUACUUAAUUACUUGCAUAUUACCAAGAGCUUCAUUAAAAAAAAAUCUGUUAUACUGUUCUAGAGUGACAUUUCAGGAUUCCUGAGUUGGUGUGGUGGUUUUUUUUUUUUUCAUUUUUUCUUUUGUUUUUGAGUAUUAUAUUUAGGACAGCUCCCUCAGGUGUUCUGCUUGAAAGCUGGGGCAAACAAAGCUUUAAAAGAAAUUCUCACUGUAUUUUCUCUACAUUUACUGCGCAGUGCAAUUCAAUAUUCAUAAAUUACUUUUGGUUGCUGUUAGUAUUUCCCAUCUCUGUUUGCUAAUUCAUGUACCAGAUAUAUUUAAAAUGAAUCUUUACACAUCAGGGGAUUUGAUGCUUGUUCCACAUGCAACAGCUCACUACUGAACAAAACUCCAGUGCUUUGUACUAAUGCUAAGCCCUACCUUUGAUUUUGUAAUAAAUAUAGGAGUCAGAGGCAGAGUAAAUCAGGCCCUGUACUGUCAGGUGGGCAGAGAUGAUUGAUCACACCUUUCUGACAGGAUUGCAUUUGACUGCAAGUCUCAUGCAGCCCUACUUUACAUCAUAUAGAGGAAUCUGGAUGAUGAAAAGCAGGCUGGCUUUGAGGACAGCAUAGAGUGCUGCACCACUGUCAUAUUUAUUUAGUGGCAUGUGUCUGCUAAAAUGCCUCAGGUUGUAGCUCAUGGUAAUAAUUCUCUCUUGCGUUGAAUCCAUCUUGGCCCAUUUUUAUUCCUUUACCCAUAUUUUAAACAAAAAUUGCUUUCAAAAACCUUUCCAAAAUGGAAACAUAAAGCCUUUAUCUAAAGCAGACACAUGUGGGUAAUAAAAUAGCUCAUCUCUGCACUCCCUAAGAGUGCUGUUUUUAGAAAUGAAAUCAUUAUGUAUUAGUCAAAAGGUUAGGUGGUCACCCAAACACUUAUGUUCUUCCUGCUUUAGAAAAAAACCAGUUUACUCCA